AUGGCCCCCCCUCUCAUUUCCCUUGAAGAGCAUUUCUUUUCCUCCGCUGCCCCAUCCUCUCUCCCCGAGAAAUAUGCCGAACAACUAAACAAUAUCCCCAAUGUCCUCGCCCAACUAACUGACCUCGGCGCCCGUCAUCGCCUCCCCGACAUGGAUGCCGGAGGCAUUGCGCUUCAGGUGGUCAGCCAUGCUCCUGGUCUCGGCGUGCACGACGCCGCCCUGAGUCGGGCAGCGAACGAUCAGCUGGCCAAGGCUAUCGACGAGGAGGACAAACGGGCUGGUGGGGGGAGGAGGAAGGGAAAGGGGCGACUUGCCGGGUUUGCGGCAGUGCCGAUGGCAGAUCCGGAAGCUGCGGCGGUGGAGCUGCGACGGGCGGUGACGGAGUUAGGCUUCGUCGGCGCCCUGAUAGACAAUCACUGCAACGGCAAGUUCUACGAAGGGCCUGAGUACGAUGUGUGGUGGGCAGCGGUGGAAGAGCUGGGCGUGCCGGUGUAUCUUCACCCGUCAUGGCCGAGCGACGACAUGCGAGCGCGGUAUUGUAGCUCAAAGUUUACCGAGGCAACCGCGGGGAGUUUGGCGACAAGUGGUUGGGGUUGGCAUACUGAAACGGGACUGCACGUUCUGCGGUUGUUUUCCUCCGGGCUGUUCGAUAGGCGGCGAGGGCUCAAGAUUAUCGUUGGGCAUAUGGGGGAGAUGAUACCGUUUAUGCUGCAGAGGAUUGCGCAGUUGAGUCGGAGGUGGGGAACGUUCGAAAGGGAUUUCGAAACGGUGUAUCGAGAAAAUAUCUGGGUCACAACGAGCGGCGACUGGAGUUUAGAUCCGCUGCGGUGCAUCCUGGCCAACACCAGGCUGGAUCACAUUCUGUACAGUGUGGACUACCCCUUUGUGUCGAACGAAGUUGGGUUGAAGUGGAUUCAGGAACUUGAGAAGAGUGGGCUUGUUGACGAGGAAGGGCUCAAAGGUAUUGCAUACAAGAACGCGGAAAAGCUGUUAGGUGUGAAACUCCCACACAAUAAGCCGGUAUUAUGA